AUGGUCAAGGGCAUAGUCACGGGCAUAGUCAAGGGCACGAGCGACUUCGCCGGUAGCGUUGACCUUGUCGUUGUUGUCACUACAGUUGUCAAUGUUGCUGAUGUCGAUGCCAAUGUCGAUGCAGACGUUCGAUGUGAACAUCAUCACGCCCUUUCCAACCUGUCCAACCAGUACUUCGUUCCCCUGACGAUAGAUAGAUCGAUCGACCGAUCUGCCACGGGCCACGCCAUGGCUGUCAAGAACAUGCUCCAGACGGGCCAUUUGCUGAACGCCUUCACCCGGAAAUGGGGUAAUGGGAUUAUCUUGUUACUUCCCCCCGGCUUCGACAAGUUGUCAGUUUCCAUAUUCUAUCUAUUAUUGUUCUACUAUAUCCGUGCGACUAACAACACAUAG